AUGAUCGAGCUUGAUAAGAAUGUGUGGCAGCGUCAUCAAACACAAAUUCCAAGACAUAUUCAUCAAAUUUGGAUAUCAUCUAUAAAAAAUGAGGAAAUGUUUGCUAGAUUCCAGAAAGCUAGUAACUCCUGCAUCAAGUUGAAUCCUGGUUACAACUACACGUUAUGGACUCAUAACAAAAUAUUGAUCUGGUUAAAGGCACAAUAUCCGUGGUUUCUACCACUCUACAACAUUUACCGUUAUGACAUGCAGCGAAUAGAUGCCAUGAAGUACCUGCUAUUAUUCCAUUAUGGCGGUAUUUAUAUAGAUCUUGAUGUGUCUUGUCAGGUUGCAGAUAUUGUAACUGCCAUGUUACCAAAUAACACAAUUCAAACAGAUGAACCUGACAUUAUAUUUCACAUGGGUGGAGAAGGCAUAUCUGCAAACACUGACAUCAAGGCGGCAAAACGACACCAUCCAUUCUUCAAGCUUGCUGUUUCUCAACUGAAGGCCGCAAAUCGUUGGUUCUACUUGUAUCAUUUGACAAUUAUUCUAAGUGCUGGUCCUACAUUUCUGUUUGGAAUUUAUCGACAAUAUCCGUUGAAAGACGAUUUUUAUUUUGUUCCAAAUGAUUUACUCGAAGGUCAUUUAGUAGAGUUCAUAGGCGGUGGAACAUGGUACGGAAAGGACACUUAUUUUUUAAUCACUGUGUUGAAUAAUGAGUCUAAUUGUGUAUCGGCUCCAGAUGAGACACGCGUGAAAUCGCCCGAUAAAACGGCUGAUACAUCGUAUAAUGUGUCGGGCGAUGCAUCGUGGGAUAUAUCGAUCAAUUCAUCUACUUGA